AUGGACGACUCGCUGCUCCAAUCGGACUUUGACGACGGCGCCAGCUCUGACUUCGCACCGCCUGCCAAACCUACAAAGACUACCAAAGCGAAGCCUGCAGCACCCAAGAAGGCCGCCGGGCCCGCAAAGUCCCGAGGACGACCGCCAAAAGACCCCUCCGCUCCACCCAAAACAAAAGCGCCUGCGAAGGCCAAGGCAGCGCCAAAGAAGAAGCGCAAAGAUGAUUCCGCUGACGAAAACUCGGACAUAGACGUCCACGACGAUGCUCUCGAUGAUGAAGACGACUCGCUACUCGCCGACACACCUCCAAAGCAGAAGAAGGCUCCCGCACCGAAGAAGUCGAGCGGCAAGCCCCUCGCAAGCAUUGCCAACGAGAGCUUCGACAUGAUGGACGGAAUAGACGAUUCGGCGCCUAGUGGCAAGGCAAAAGCCGGUGGCGCGAGUAGCAAAUACCAGAUGCUUACGCAUCUGCAACACAUCAUGGCAAGACCGGACACGUACAUCGGCUCCGUCGAGCGAACCUCGGACAAGAUGUGGGUGUACAACUCGACGACCGAGGCCAUGGAGUUCCGCGAAGUUUCCUACGUGCCUGGUCUCUACAAGAUCUUCGACGAAAUUCUCGUAAACGCGGCCGACAACAAGCAGAACGAUAAGAACAUGAGCGAGAUCCGGGUGACACUGGAUCGCGAAUCCGGUGAAAUCUCAGUAAGAAACGAUGGAAAGGGUAUCCCGAUCGAGAUUCACAAGGAGCACGGCAUCUACGUGCCCGAGAUGAUUUUUGGUCACUUGCUGACUUCAUCCAACUACGAUGAUAACCAGGCGAAGGUCACGGGCGGUCGCAACGGUUACGGUGCCAAACUUUGCAACGUCUUCAGUAAAGAAUUCAACCUAGAGACGGUUGACUCAAAACAGAAGAAGAAAUAUAGGCAGACGUGGACGGAGAACAUGAGCAAGAUGGGCAAAGCCAAGAUCACCGACAUCAAGACGGACGACUAUACCAAGGUCUCUUACAAAGCCGACUUCGAGAAGUUUGGCAUGGAAGGUAUUGACGACGACUUCGAAGCUCUCCGUCAAGAGGUGUACCUUAACGGCGAUCGCGUUAAGGUUACCAGUUUCUCCAAGUACAUGGAGAUGUACACCAAGGCCAUUCGCCUUGAACAGGGCAAGUCCGAGGAAGACAAAGACGUGAUUAUUACAGACCGCCACGACCGCUGGGAUAUCGGUUUUGCCGUCUCAGAUGGAGCUUUCAAUCAAGUGUCAUUCGUGAAUUCGAUUGCCACGGCAUCGGGUGGUACACACGUCAACUACAUUGCCGACCAGAUCGUCGAGAAGUUGCUUGCAAUCGUCAACAAGAAGAAUAAGGGUGGCGUCAAGCUCAAGCCAGCUCAGAUCAAGAACCACAUAUUCCUCUUCGUCAAUUGUUCGAUCGUGAACCCCGCCUUCACGUCGCAAACGAAAGAGCAGCUCACGACAAAAGCGAGCCAGUUUGGCAGUAAACCUAUUUUGAGCGACAAAUUUCUGAAGGCAAUCGAGAAGACCGAGGUUAUCCAGAAUAUCAUGCAUUUCGCUCAGCAGAAAGCCGAUCAACUGCUGAAGAAGACUGAUGGCAACAAGCGAAGUCGCAUGAGCAACUCCAAGCUCACUGAUGCGAACAGAGCAGGCACCAAGGAUGGUCACUUGUGCACUCUCAUCUUGACUGAAGGUGACUCCGCUGCCCUUCUCGCCUUGGCUGGACGUGCGGUGGUCGAUCCUGACUAUUUCGGCGUUUUUCCCCUUCGUGGUAAACUUCUCAAUGUUCGCGACGCUUCCAUCGACCAGAUCUCUAAAAACCAAGAAAUACAGAACAUCAAGAAGUUCAUCGGUCUUCAGCACAAGAAGGAAUACACUGACACAAAGGGUCUCCGCUACGGCCACAUCAUGAUCAUGACGGAUCAGGAUCACGAUGGUAGUCAUAUCAAAGGCUUGUUGAUCAACUUCUUGCAAUUGUGGAAGGGCGACCCAAAGAAUCCUCGAGGACUGAAGAGCUUCUUCUCCAUGCCCGAAUACGAGGAGUGGAAAGAACAGCAUAGGUACGAGAAGGGUUGGGAUCACAAGUACUACAAGGGAUUGGGUACCAGCGGUCCCGAAGACGCUCAGAUCUACUUCCGCGAUCUCGACACGCACAUGAAGGCCUUCCAUACGAUGCGGGCACAAGAAGAGGAGCUCAUUGAGCUUGCCUUCUCUAAGAAGAAAGCCGACGCUCGUAAGGAGUGGUUGCGGGAUUUUGUUCCUGGCAACCAUCUUGACCUGACUACGAAAGAGAUCACUUACGACGACUUCGUCAACAAAGAGCUCAUCCUGUUCAGCAUGGCGGACAAUAUGCGAUCUAUUCCUUCGAUUAUCGAUGGCUUCAAGCCCGGUCAGCGCAAGGUUCUCUACACGUGCUUUCGACGAAACCUCAAGAAGGACGUCAAAGUAGUCGAUCUCGCUGGUUCCGUUUCUGGUACUACUGAUUACGCUUAUGGUGAGGCUUCUAUGCAAGGGACCAUCGUCGGUCUUGCCCAGAACUUCGUGGGAUCGAACAAUAUCAACUGCUUAGAGCCAAGUGGCAAUUUCGGAUCGCGACUUCAAGGUGGCAAGGAUGCUGCCUCCGCCAGGUACAUCUACACCCGUCUCUCACCCUUCGCACGACGAAUUUUUCAUCCGCAAGACGACGCCCUCCUCAAAUACGGCGAAUCAGAUGGAAACAAAAUCGAGCCGGAGAUGUACGUGCCGAUUUUGCCCAUGGUGCUUGUGAAUGGCUCGGACGGUAUCGGAACCGGAUGGAGUUCUUCUAUCCCGAAUUAUAAUCCUCUUGAGAUUGUGGAGAAUUUAAGAAUCCGCAUGCGGGAUGGCAGCUCGAAAGAAGACAUGCAACCUAUGGCUCCUUGGUUCCGCGGAUUCACUGGACAAACCGAAGAGCUUCCUAACGAUCGCUACAAAUUCACUGGUAUCAUCCGAGAGACUGGCGAAAAUGAGCUCGAAAUCACGGAACUGCCUGUGCGGUACUGGUCCCAGGACUUCAAGGAGAAACUAGAGGACAUCAUCAAGGCGGAGAAGGUGCCUUCAAUCAUCAAAGACUACGUUGACUACAAUACACCGGACAGGGUCCACUUCAUCAUAAAGAUGGAGGACAAGCACAUGCAGGCCGCCCGAGCCAAAGGUCUCGAGGAUACUUUCAAGCUCUCUUCGACCGUGGCUACCACUAAUUUGGUUGCCUUUGAUUCGCAAGGUCGUAUUCACAAGUAUGCCACUGUCCUUGACAUCAUGGAGGAGUUCUAUCACAUCCGUUUGCGGUACUAUGAGAAGCGCAAGUCACACCAGCUCGAAGAGUUGAACAAGGAUCUCACCAAAAUGACCAACCAAGCUCGCUUUAUCCAAAUGAUAAUUGACGGCAAGCUUGUCGUAUCCAAGAAGAAGAAGGCUGUUCUUGUCGAAGAGCUGAAGAAACUUGGUUUCACCCCGUUUCCCAAGGUCACGGAUGCUAAGAAGGCUGGUGAGCAAGAGGACGCGCAACAAGACGAUGAAGAGAACGACCGCGAUGUGGCGGCUGGCGCAAGCGACUACGACUACCUGCUUGGCAUGGCUAUUUGGUCUUUAACUCAAGAACGUGUCGAGAAGCUCCAGAGGCAGAUUGGUGACAAGGAGUUGGAAAUCGACGCUCUUCAGAAGCUAACGCCGCGGGACCUUUGGACGCGAGACCUUGACGAUUUCGUGGAGGAGUGGAACCUGCAGCUCGACGAUGAAGCCAAGCGCAAGAAGAAGAUAGCGAGCAUGAGCCGUCGCACAUCUAAGAAGCUCGGAAUUGGUGCCUCCAAGGGUGGCAAGCGUAAGAAGAAGAGGGCGGGCUCCGACUCCGACUCUGACGAAUUCUCCGACUACGGCCCUGCUAAGAAGAAGGCCAAGCCGAAGACUGGUGGUCUACUCAGUUAUCUUAAAAAGGACCCUGAUGAGCCCCAGAGACCGGAGGUGCCAAAGCCUACCGCUACGAAGCAAACUGGUAUGCUGUCCUAUCUCAAGAAAAGCCCACCGCCCGCAGAGGAAGAUGCCAUGGACGUCGACGAUUCCGCGCCAGCAGCCCCUGCUGCUGCUGUUUCGAAACGUGGCCGACCUGCUGGUGCGAAGAAUGUCAAGAAGCCCACGCCUGUGCCUGUCGACUCAGAGUCGGACUCUGAUGUCUUCGCUGCCGUCGCUAAAGAGGCGAGCAAGAAGAAGCCUGCCGAGACUGUGACCAAGGGUCGCACUGCCCGUGGCGCGACGAAGAAAGCUACCAGCUACGCAGUUGAUAAGGACAGCGACAGCGAUAACAUGAGCGACGACGAUUUUGACGUUAGCAUGAUGGUGAAAACCAUCGGUGCUAGCGGGAACGAUCGUCCACUCUUCUCAGUUCCUACUGCUCGCCCGACUAGUGCUACAGGCGCCGCAUCCAAGCUCAACGGUCGUGCUGCUGCACAGAAGCCGACACUCAUCCCCGAUGAUGACGACUUAGAUGAGACGAACUACGAGGCCCUCGCUCAAGGCUCGCCAGAGAAAUACAACCAGGGUACGAUGGACUCUGACAUCUCGGACGACGACCUACUCCUCAGCGUGAAGAAGAAGGCACCCGUCAAAGCUAUACCCAAGGCCAAAGCCAAAGCCGCCCCGAAGUCCAAGGCUCCUGCCGCAUCCUCCGUGGUAGCAAAGAAGACAACACAGCUCAGCCCCGCCGCGAAGGCCUACGCGGCUCGCUUGGGCAAGAACAAGGACCUGGCAUCAAAUGCUAAGAAGCCUAUCGCUAUCGAUUCGGACGAAGAUGAGGAUGAGCUGAUGGACGACGACGCAGAUGAGCUGGCCAACGAUAUCCUCUCCGAUGACGAGGAUGACGAGCCAAUUGUAAAGCCCAAGUCCAAGCCUAGUGCGGCGCGUCCCGGUCGGAGGGCAGCCGCCAAGCCGGCGAAGUACGUUGUCAGUGAUGACGAGGAUGAGGACGAGGAGCCCAGCGAGGUGAGCUUUGACGAUGACAGCGAAUAG